ACUUUAGCACAACACAACAAAUGGUUGAUUUGAUUGUCGAAUUGACAAGAUUUUGGAUACUUUUUCUUUUUUAACUUGUUUCUCCCUCUGAUCACAAUGACAAGUUUUUACCCUGCUUAGAUCCAACUAAAUUGGCAGUGCUGAUCAUUCCGACGACAUGGAAACUGAUCCCAUCAUUAUAAAGGUGGAGCAGAUCUCCCAAAGUGGAGAUCGAGAGGUCAACCAAUCUGACCCCGAACCAGUCCUCUCCCAAAGUGACAACGAGCCAGGCGUCCACGAAUGUGUAGACGCCGAGGAACUGACCGCUGAUGACGAAACGUUGCGAAAACGUCCACAUUGGCAAGAACCUGUUGACGAUGAGGAAGAGGGGCCGGUUAGGAUCAAAAUCAGAAAGGCAGCUGACUUGUUUGAGCCCCCGGAGGGCGACGAUUCCUCCACCAACACCUCCACUUCGUCAUCCUCUGAACAAGUAAUUCCUACUCCGGUCACCAAGGUGGGUGAAAUAACAACCCCACCUCCUUCCCCAACGUCGUCAUCAGUAUCAUCAAAUUUGGAUGACGAUUGGCUGGGUGUAUCUCGACCAUCAGCCAGCAUUGCCAACGCUUUCGAAUUCUCCUCCACCGCCAUCUUAUCAAACCACGACGUAGACCAUUACGACCUCAAAGAUGAAACAAAGUAUCACAAAAACUGUUCUGGUCCAAAACUAAGAAUUCCUCCUGUUGCCCAUUACAAUGCCCACGACCCUGACGACGAAGUUAAAUACAUUGCAGAAAACAAAGCCAAAACGAAACAAUUUAUUUGUGAUCACGACAAAAUUCGAGCAGCAGAGGCGGAACUUGAUCCAGAAAGCGAAGAAUGUGACAAAGGCGAAAUUAGUUUAGAUUGUGGUAUUCAAAGGAGGAAAGUUUAUGAAAAAUAUGAUUUUACUUCUCGUCCCAUCUCAACUGCUCAACUCGCCAUAAAUUCUGCCAAAGAGAAGGUGUUGACAGCGAUUGAAAACCAUCGCGUUGUUAUCAUUGAUGGUUUUACGGGAUGUGGAAAAACUACUCAGAUCCCACAAUUCAUCCUGGACCAACAUUACGAACUCAACAAGGACUGCAACAUUGUCGUGACUCAACCAAGAAAAAUUGCUGCUAUUUCUGUCGCCCAGCGAGUUUGCGAGGAACGAAAUUGGAAAAUAGGCCAAGUCGUUGGAUAUCAGGUUGCAAAGGACGUUAAACGGGAUAACAUGGAUACAAAGUUGACCUAUAUGACGACAGGAACCCUCCUCGAAAAGCUAAUUACCACAAAAAGUUUUCAUAACUUGACGCACAUCAUCGUGGACGAGGUACACGAACGCGACCUACCGUCUGACCUUCUACUUCUGGUCAUGAAGAAAAUUUUGCUUGACGAUGUCGAGGGGAACAAUAAGAAUGUGAAGCUCAUCCUGAUGUCUGCCACGAUUGACUCAGCAAAGUUUUCAACUUAUUUUCCGAUUCUGGUCGGUCGGUCGGAUAUAGAGGAGGCACCAAUUAUAAAAAUUCCACACACUUUCCGACACUGUAUCGAGGAAUACUUCUUGGAUGAUAUGCCUUCUUAUCGGAAUGACGUGCUUAACACGAUGGGGGAAGUGUGCCAAGAGAAACCUUCGAUUCCUAAAGAAUUAUACGAUGUAGCGGUGGAAUGCAUUGUCAAUUUGGAUCAACAUGACCCAGCCAUUCCGAAAAAGGAGGAGACCAUGGAAGAUGUUGAAAACCGCCAUAAGAAGAUGAGAGGAUCAGUAUUGGUGUUUCUUCCCGGAAUGGAAAAUAUUGAUAGACUCAGUCGUCUCUUGACUGAGAGGAACAAAUCCGAUCUCGAAAAUGAUCCAGAUACUAAGGACAAUCACGACUUUCAUCUCUGGGACAUUAUUCCCCUACACUCGAAGAUUACGGCAGACGAACGGAAGAGAGUAUUCGAACGACCUAGGCCUUUCUUUCGUAAAAUCAUUUUGUCGACCAAUAUUGCCGAGAGCUCUAUAACUGUCCCGGACGUGGCUUAUGUGAUCGACUUUUGUCUCACAAAAUCCGUGUGUAUUGAACCCGAUACAAGUUUUACUACCCUGAGAGUUAUGUGGGCGUCGGUUAACCAAUGUAUUCAACGAAAGGGUCGUACCGGACGAGUCUGUGAUGGAAAAGUAUUCCGUUUGGUGACUAGAGAGUUUUUCUCGAAACUGCCCAGAAAUGCAGAACCAGAAAUGAAGCGUUCAAAUUUAGAAACAGUCGUCCUCAGCCUUAAGAAACUCAGUCUAGGAACACCGAAGGAGUUACUGUCAAUGGCCCUGGACCCACCCGAUUUGUCCGGGAUUGAACGAGCUGUCGCAACCUUAAAGGAGCUUGGUGCCCUUACCAUAAUGUCUUCUACGCGUUCAGACGGAAGACCUUAUUACGACACGUGUGACGGUGACCUCACUUACUUGGGAUCAAUCAUGUGUGACUUACCAAUUCAUCAGCAGUGUACAAGACUAAUCAUGCUGGGUUAUUGCUUCGGGGUCAUGAAGGAGGCAAUUAUUAUUGCUGCCACGCUCAGCGUCAAAAAUCCAUUCUGUACCCCAUUCAUCCGAUCCCUCAAACCCUACCUAUCCCGACUAAAUUAUUCAAAAGAGACUUGUUCCGACUUGUUUACAGUUUAUCAUGUCUACAUGCAUUGGUGUAAGCAAUUUGCGGACAAUACGACCUAUAACGCCACCGACGGUAUCGGCAUCGAUUUAAGGAAGAAUCGGGCAACAUCAAAUGAAAGACUGUGGGAACGUGGCGCUUCCGUACAACUGUCGGCGUUAAGAGAGAUUAAGGCUACGGUUGACCUAAUCACCGAGCGUCUGGAAAUGCGUGGGUUAUUGUGUACUGAUAAUUCGCUAGCCGACGAGGAUAAAACAGCAUCAUCCGACGGGCUGGGAAAAGAUGCUGGAAUUAUGUUGAAGUUGGCUAUUGCUGGGGCAUUUUAUCCCAACUAUUUUCAAUCAAAAUGUUCAAAUGCAAAAUCUUACGAGCGAAACAAGUCGAGAGAAGUUGGCGGACACGAUCUUUGCAAUACUGUGUUAUUUACAGGAUUUCCGACCGGCCAUGACGGCAGAGUUUACGCUAAAUUCAUCUCGGACUAUCUAUCGUUUGGAAUGAACGUGCCUGCGAUCAGGUUCGACGGAAAGAAAGUCUUUGCAACGUUUGAUCCGCAUCAAGAGAAAAUGGGACACAUGAGCAAGGGGAUCUAUCUUGGAGUUAAACGGAGACAAAAUCGGGACUAUUUGCAGAUUCCAUUGACGUCAGCAACCCUUGAAGAAAAAAUUCUGAAAGACUGGGAGCAGAAGUUAAAAAUGCGAAUAUUCCGACCCUGUCCAGCUCAGAUUGAAUUACCAAGAGUCAAUUGUAGUCGCCUUCAAAUUCGCGUCGUACAUGUCGAAAAUCCUGGUCAAUUUUGGAUAAAUUACUUCCAUAAUGUUGCAGCUAUGGAAGAGAUGGGAGACAGAAUCAACCAGGAGUUGGUGCAUAUGCCUGUCCAUAUCAGCAGGGUCGUUCCUAAAGCUUUCUACCUCGCUCCGUUCCAAGGACGAUAUUAUCGGGCUAAGAUUAUUCUUGCCUUUCCGAACGCGAUGGACGAUUCCCUGGUUUUCUUUGUGGAUUAUGGGAAUAUGGCUUGGGUAAGAACCUCGACUUUGCUGGACUUUAGCCCCUCCAUGGUGGCCAAGGGAUAUGACAAGGUGCCAUGUUUGGCUGUGGAAUGCCGACUCGCAAAAAUGAAACCAGCCUCAAUCUAUGGAGCUGUAUGGCAUGGCAGGGCUAUAACGGAGCUGAAAAUAUUUUCGGAAAAUGCUCCCUUCCUUUUUAUAGAGGUAUACUCAGUUUCCAAUAGCACAGUAGCUGGGGCAUUAAUUGGACAUGAUCAUAGUGGAGUUGAGCAGAACUUCAACAGGCGACUUGUCGAUUUUCUUGGCUUAGCACAGACUUGCGAAGAAAACGCUCUUUCAGAGUUUAAUCGGAAAGUCCGAAAUCAUAUCAAUCAUCUAGAUAGCGAAGAAAUAGAUGCACAUAAUAAGCAACAAAUUGGAGAUGACCUAGAUUUUGACUUUGUACAAUCCUCCAUGAACAAAACUCAAUAUACCCCCACCAUCCUUAGUGGUCCAUUCAGCCCUCUCGAGCUCAGUUUCAGACAAUUAUGUCAAAGUAGCAAUACGAAAAAAGUAAAGAUUGACGGCAACAGUGUCAACUCUAUAGUUUUGGAAAGUGAGCCUAACGCCCCAAUUUCACGCUUUAUGGUUGCCUCGACGAUAGACGUGCAAGACUCCACUGGUGACAUUAUGGCGAGAGAUACGACAAUUAUGCCCCCUCUUCCAGGGAUGUUGCCCUUAAUGGCAAUGCUGUUUUCCCCCAAGAUGGAGUUACGAGUGGACAUUCGUCAGACGACGUAUACAGGCGUGCUUUGUGGUCUUGGGCCAACCCCGGGUCAGGACGACAUUCCUAUUUAUAUGGACCAUGAUUUGGAACUAAUUUUCGACACCGAAAUCCGUGAUGAUGACAUUGACACGAUCAACAAUAUUCGCUACUUGAUGAACCUCAUCCUCCGAGAUAAAAAUAGCCGCAGUAGCGUCAGCUCUUCGACUCUGUCUAAUUACCAAAAAUCCGUCAGAGCCGAACUUUUAAAACUCUUACAAACUCAGAGGCGGCCAGUGGAAGAAGUCUCUACAUUGGAGGAAUACGCAUGGAACCAGAUCGAUGAACGGUUAUUAAUGCAUUCAUCAAAGUCGUUCAAGUACCAGGCUGGCGACAUAUUUGCACCCCAUGAUAAAGUCAAGUUGAAAGAUGACACAGUCCGAAAUUGGAGGUGGGAAUUUGCCGUGUAGGAUUUGCUGGUACAAUUUGUCAAGCUAUAAUAUAGACUUGUAUCGGCACAUUUUUUUGUGUUCUUUUUAUCAUUCUCGUUAACUUGUUAGUUAUUCUCGUUAUAAAUCUGUCCUUAAAUUCAUGCGUACGUAUUGUUUUAAUACUUACCAAAAACAUAGAUCUAUGUUGUUAGUACAGAAAUACUUGUUUUUUGCGAUAUCGGUUAAUUGCUUUAAUGAAUUAGACAAAAUAGUAAUAAAUUACUUUAACCUGUAAUACAAUUAA